AUAGUAAUAAAAACCAGUAGUGUUAGAAGUGCGAUUUAUCAGACAGAACUUAUUUUAAUUACAAAUGUUUCUGACGUUUCAAUAGGACUUUUUUUCACAUGUAAUAACUCGUUGUAAAAAAUUAUUAUCUAUUCAUCAAGAUGGCAAAUGAUUAUUGUAAAAUUAUAAAAUUGCAGUAGCCUUCGUCGCUUAGCAAUUAAAAUUUGAUUUCCAAUAGUAAUGCGGACUAUAGUUAUUUUUAAAUUAAUUACUUACUUUAAUUUUUGUUUAUCAACGCAGUGUAGUUUAAUAUAACCGCGAAAUAUUUAAUAAAAGAACAAGACCACAACGUUGACACAAUGAAGGACAAUGAAGGCUCAAAAUUACUGCAAUUUGCUGCCGGCAUUGCUGAAAAAAAAAAAUACUGAAACUUUGACACGAAUGCGAUAAAAAAAACAAAGAUAAAUAAUUAUGUUGCAUAAUGAAGAGAUGUGAGAAGAGUGGGGGAAUAUUUGCAUAAUGGCGGGAGGCGCAGCAAUGGCUUGGUCGAAUCCGAUUCUGUUGAUGCUCGGAGAAGAUCCGGUGAAUGAAGAAAACCCACUGGGUCGGCCUAUCAGUGAGGAAGAAGCUGCUUGGAUCGGAUCAUUGGCAGCAGUGGGUACAUUAAUUAUUUGUUUAUUUCCGGGAUAUUUGGCUGAAAAAUGGGGAAGACGAGCAACUCUAUUAUCUAGUGUUGUACCAUAUCUUCUUGGUUGGAUAAUCCUGGCCACAGGUAAAAGUAUCGAAGCCCUGUAUGUAGCAAGAUUUGUGUCAGGUCUAGGGAUUGCUGUUGCAUUCGCAAUAUUGCCAAUGUACUGCGGCGAAAUUGCUGAAACAUCAAUUCGAGGGAUACUUGGUUCGUUGUUUCAAAUAUUUAUUACUCUUGGUCAAUUAUGGGCAUAUUGUAUUGGUCCGUACGUUUCUUAUACCCAUUAUUGGAUCGCUUGUGCUGUUUUGCCAAUAGCUUUCUUCGUUCUCUUCUUACCCAUGCCAGAAUCUCCGCACUACCUGGCAGCAAAAGGUCGGACAGAGGAAGUCAUCAAAGUGCUGGCAAGGCUGCGUGGGAAGAGUGAAGAUGCUGUCAGAUACGAAGCGAAUGAAAUAGAGGCAGCUGUUCGAGAAAAUUUGAAUAGAAAAGCGACAAUCAUGGACUUGUUUAAAGUCAAGGCUAAUUUAAAAGCGCUGUUUAUUACAUGUGCAUUAGUGACUUUUCAACAGAUGAGUGGUAUCGUUGUCGUUCUUCUUUACUCAGAACUUAUAUUUGCCAGUGCUGGGAACGUUGGCAUCAGCUCGUCACUUGAAACUAUUAUUGUAGGAUUAGUUCAGCUAUUUGGUUCAUGUGUCAAUCCGCUGGUUGUCGACCGAUUGGGACGCAGGAUACUUCUGAUCAUCUCUGGUACAGGCUCCGCUCUAAGUCUUGGAGCAAUUGGACUCUUCUUUUAUCUCAAAGAUGCAGCAAAAAGUGAUGUCAGUGGUAUCGGUUGGUUACCAUUAACUUCAAUGAUUAUCUACAUGUCGACAUAUAGCGUUGGAUUGGGUCCUCUUCCUUGGACAAUUAUGGGGGAAAUGUUUUCCCCAGAAAUAAAAACCAAAGCCUCAGGAAUAACUGUAUUUAUUUGUUGUUUUUUGGCAUUUGUUGUCAGUAAAUAUUUUAUAAGUGUCGCAGUAUCAUUUGGUCAAUUCACUGCCUUUUGGUUCUUUGGAGUUUUUUGUAUUCUAAGUGUUCUCUUUACGGUUUUCAUUUUACCAGAAACAAAAGGAAAAUCGCUGCAGGAAAUUCAAAACGAACUUGCCGGGAAAGCUAGUAAAUAAUUAAUUGUUACAGUAAAUUAUUUUUAAAUAAAAUUUGAAAUUUUUGGAAUACAUUAUCAUGUUUUUUAUUUUUAAUCAACUACGUCAUGUGCCAUUGAAGCUGCCCGGGUAAAAAAAAACUUAAAUUUAAGUAAACCCUAGUGGAAAUUUUUCGGAAUUUUCUCUGAAAAAUUCAGUUCUAAAGUUCUAAAGACUUUUUCAAAGUUCUAAAGACUUUUUCAAAGUUCUAAAGACUUUUUCAGAGUUAUUCAGAGAAUAGUCCGGAAAAUUUCCACCAGGGAAUUAACCAAAACCAAGUGAAAUUUGAAUUUUUAUUAAUUAAAUGGAUACUGAGAAAGUCAAUUACUACAAAAGCCGGUCAAAGAUGAAGAAAUUCAAAUAAAAUAAAACAUCCAAUGCUAAGUAAUUAAUAAAUCAAUUUUGAUCAUAAGCAAUAACAGAAGUAGUAUCAUGUGUCCGUUAACGUAUUGAUAAUAAUAAAAACCAGUUGACAAUGUAU